AGGCUCAAUCCAUCUCCAACCGCACGUGGUAGUUCCUCGUUCUUGUAGUUUGGAAUCCCUUCUUUCGCCAUGGCAACGCCUGAGUCAUCCGACUGGAUCAUGAUUGAGAAAGAGGUGGACGAAACCGGUCAUGGGCAGACUGGAUUGGCUGUUGAUGCAGAGCUGGAUUUGUGUUUCAUUUGUGAUUGCACGGGCUCAAUGGGACAGUACAUCAAGGCAGCUCAAGAGAACAUUCAAUCCAUUGUGACGAAGAUUUCGGGCCAUGGAGAAAAGGUGCGCUUCGGCUUGAUCAGCUACAGAGAUCACCCGCCCCAAGAUAGCACCUUCGUUACUCAGUGUCAUCCAUUCACCGAGAAUCUGGAAACAAUGCGGCAAUAUGUAGACACAAUGAGGGCCAACGGUGGAGGGGAUGGGCCCGAAGCUGUGACAGCUGCUCUUUUUGAAGCCUUAUCAUUGCCGUGGAGACCGAAUGCCACAAAGAUUUGUGUAUUGAUCGCAGAUGCACCGCCCCAUGGCUUGGAACCCAGCGGAGAUGGAUUUCCCAAUGGAGAUCCUGAUGGGCGAGAUCCUUUGGAGAUUUUGCGGGACAUGGCCACGCUUGGCAUCACGGUCUACACAGUAGGCUGUGAGCCCGCACUCGGAGCUUACCAUUUUGCUCGAGAUUUCCUUUGCAAUGUGGCCGAAGUGACGGGUGGGCAAGCCGUUGCGUUAAGUUCAGCUGCCAUGCUUGCAGAUGUGAUCAUCAAUGGAAGUGCUGAAGAGAUCGGACUUUCAAAACUUCAACGACAAGUUGAAGAGGAAGUCUUGAAAGUGCAAACUGAAGCCAGGAGUGCGGGUCACAACAUCAGCACUGAAGCAUCCGUGACGGCAGCUGUGGCUAGUUUGCAAGCUCGCGGUCUUACCUCGGUGCAAAUGGAAACCGAUGGGCGAAUGACAAAUGCCACCAAGCCUUGCUGGGGCAAUGUCUUGGAGAAGAAGUCCCUGGCCAAAGUGAAAGAAGAACUCGGCAAAUUUGCCGCCACAGUGCCUUCAGCAGAAAUCUUACCCUCUUGCUUGAGGUCAGCGCGACUACCAGGCCCAAGCAUGCCCAGAGGCUAUGCUGGUGCCUCUGCGCCUCCUGUGCUUAGUGGGCUUAGUGCACCUACGUCCGCGAAGACCAACUUGUUGAAGACGGAUCUCAUCAGUGGAGAGCAGGUGAGCCGCAUUGUGCAACGGGCGCAGUGCCAGAAUCGCUUGCUGUGAUCCAUGCCGUGCAAAUUUGUGAAGUUCUAUUUAGUUGGCACCAAGGCUCUUUGGUUGCUCAUGCUUGGGCUGAAUUGCAGACAUGGCCCUAUGAGGUGUACAGAUACCGAGAGUAUACAUUGGUGACAACAUGUGAUCGGAAAUGCGUGCAAGAAGCUAGUAGAAACAAGAAAC